UGACCUCCUUCUCCCUGCAGGUAGCAAUGCUGCUCGGGGCGUCCCUGGUAGGGGCGCUGCUAUUUUCCAAGCUGGUGCUGAAACUGCCCUGGACUCAGGUGGGAUUUUCCCUGCUGCUCCUGUACUUGGGGUCUGGCGGCUGGCGUUUCAUCCGGGUCUUCAUCAAGACCAUCAGGCGGGAUGUCUUUGGUGGCAUGGUACUCCUGAAGGUGAAGACAAAAGUCCAACGGUAUCUACGGGAACGAAAGACAGUGCCCUUGUUGUUUGCCUCGGUGGUACAGCGCCACCCUGACAAGACAGCCUUGAUCUUCGAGGGCACAGAUACCCACUGGACCUUCCGCCAGCUGGAUAGUUACUCCAACAGUGUGGCCAACUUCCUGCAGGCCCGGGGCCUGGCCUCAGGCAGUGUAGUUGCCCUCUUCAUGGAGAACCGGAAUGAAUUUGUGGGUCUAUGGCUGGGCAUGGCUAAACUGGGUGUGGAGGCAGCCCUCAUGAAUACCAACCUCAGACGUGAUGCCCUGCGCCACUGUCUUGACACCUCAAAGGCACGGGCCCUUAUCUUUGGCAGCGAGAUGGCCUCAGCUGUCUGUGAGAUCCAUGCCAGCCUGGACCCCUCACUCAGCCUCUUCUGCUCUGGUUCCUGGGAGCCCAGCACAGUACCCACCAACACAGAGCACCUGGACCCUCUGCUGGAAGAUGCCCCUGAGCACCAGCCCAGUCCCCCUGACAAGGGCUUCACAGAUAAGCUCUUCUACAUCUACACAUCAGGCACCACAGGGCUACCCAAAGCUGCCAUCGUGGUGCAUAGCAGGUAUUACCGCAUGGUUGCCCUGGUGUACUAUGGAUUCCGCAUGCGACCUGAUGACAUCGUAUAUGACUGCCUUCCCCUUUACCACUCAGCAGGAAACAUCGUGGGAGUUGGCCAGUGCCUAGUCAACGGCAUGACAGUCGUGAUCCGGAAGAAGUUCUCAGCCUCCCGGUUCUGGGAUGAUUGUAUCAAGUACAACUGCACAAUUGUGCAGUACAUCGGUGAGCUGUGCCGCUACCUCCUGAAUCAGCCACCUCGGGAGGCGGAGUCUCAGCACAAGGUGCGCAUGGCACUGGGCAAUGGCCUUCGGCAGUCCAUCUGGAACAACUUCUCCAGCCGUUUCCACAUCCCCCAGGUGGCCGAGUUCUAUGGGGCCACUGAAUGCAACUGUAGCCUGGGAAACUUUGACAGCAAGGUGGGGGCCUGUGGUUUCAACAGCCGCAUCCUGAACUUUGUGUACCCAAUCCGGCUGGUACGAGUCAAUGAGGACACCAUGGAGCUGAUCCGGGGACCCGAUGGUGUCUGUAUUCCCUGUCAACCAGGCCAGCCAGGCCAGCUGGUGGGCCGCAUCAUCCAGCGAGACCCCCUGCGCCGCUUUGAUGGUUACCUCAACCAGGGUGCCAACAGCAAGAAGAUUGCGAAUGAUGUCUUCAAGAAGGGGGACCAAGCCUACCUCACUGGUGACGUACUGGUGAUGGAUGAGCUGGGCUACCUGUACUUUCGAGACCGCACUGGGGACACAUUCCGCUGGAAAGGGGAAAAUGUGUCCACCACAGAAGUGGAGGGCGUACUCAGCCGCCUACUGGACAUGACCGAUGUGGCAGUGUAUGGUGUCGAGGUGCCAGGAACUGAAGGCCGGGCAGGAAUGGCUGCCAUAGCUAGCCCCACAAACAGCUGUGACCUGGAGCACUUUGCACAGACUUUGGAGAAGGAGCUGCCUGUAUACGCCCGCCCCAUCUUCCUGCGCUUCUUGCCUGAGCUACACAAAACAGGGACCUACAAGUUCCAGAAGACUGAGCUUCGGAAGGAGAGCUUUAACCCUGCUGUCGUGAAAGACCCAGUGUUCUACCUGGAUGCCCGGAAGGGUUGCUACGUUCCACUGGAUCAAGAGGCCUAUACCCGUAUCCAGGCAGGCAAAGAGAAGCUGUGAUUUUCCCCCCACAUCCCUCUGAGGACCAGCCGGAUGCUGACUCCAGAGCCCCAGUUUCUGCCCCAUGGGGUCCUGGGCAAUGCCAGACCAAAGCUAGCAGAGCCCGCACCUCCACCCCAAGGUGCUCAGCCCCUCUAAAACUGCCAUGUGACUCACUGCCGCCUCCUCCCACCCCAAAGCUUUCUGUGAAAGCUUCAAGUCCAAGCUCUGUCUUCUCAACCAGGCAGGGCCUCUGGGCCACAAGCUGAGACUGAUGGGGCCCCUCUUCAGGAUGAUGUCUUUGGUUUGGCAGGGCAGGGAGUGGGAGAAGGGUCACCAGGCUCCCUCCAAAAGGAAGGAGUUUGCAAGUGGGAUCAAGGCAGACGCCUCCAGUCUCAGGAAGCCACGUGGGGUGGCCA